AUGACCCCCCCACCGGUUGGUGCUGGCCUGGGGAGGAGCCGAUCGACCGCCCUGUCCAGUCCAACACCAGCGCCGUCGGCGCAGCACCUCCCUUCGGCGCCUUCACUGAGACCGGUGACUUACGCAUCUCGGGCUUGCAACGCGUGCAGAAAGCGCAGAGCCAAGUGCAAUGGUGGUCUGCCGAAGUGUGUGGCCUGUGUCACCAGGAAAACCGAGUGCGUGUAUGACCUGAAAAGCGACGGCAGACGGACGAGAGCCCUUCGACAGGAUCAUGACAGCCUUAGAGAUCAGACGCGGGAUCUCUCGGCGAUCUACGAGCUGCUCAAGUCGGUUUCCGAGGAGGAGGCCAUCCGCGCUCUGCAGCUGUUGAAAACGGCCCCUGACCCAAGCACUGCGCUCGCUACUAUCCAGGGAAACCUCUUGGCGACCAAUUCCCCGUCCUUGGGGAAGGCUGCAAGCGCUGUUCUGCCGCCCAUGAGCUCAAUCUAUGAGGUUGAGCUCAUCGCUCGACAUUCGAGCUCGUACCCACGGCUCGAACCGCUGACCCUGGAGAAUAUUGAUCUCGACUUGCUGAAUUGCAAGCCUCUUUUUAAAUUCCGCAAUCAGAAAAAUGCACAGUCUGUACCACCAUCGUCAAUCGACCCGCAAAGUCUCAUGUUGGGGGGAACGGGGCUGCGGGAGCUGGUCGACCCCCGGUUAAGAAGGCUUCAGAUUAGUUACUGGACCAAUGUCUCGAUCAGCAACGAGCUUGCAGCAGAGGCUAUAUCCCUCUUCCUUCAAAACGAGCAGCCCGUCCUAGCCUUUUUGGAUGCCGACCUGUUUGUCGAUGACCUGGUAUCGGGUCGCCUCAACUUCUGCUCGGAACUCCUCGUGAAUGCUCUUCUGAGCUAUGCUUGUCAAGCCUAUUCGGCCAUCAUGCCGUAUGCAUCGCAUCUCAGCUUCGCUUGCUACUAUGAAGCUCUGAGAAACUGGCAGACUGCUCGAACGCAGGACUCACUUCCCAGUGUGCAAGCGCUGCUCCUCUUGAGUAUAGCAUGUAACAGCUUUGGAGUCGAUGCUGUUGGCUUGGAAUUCCUUCAGGAAAGUUCCCAGAUGGCCCAGCGACUGCACCUUUUUGACCCAAUACCUCCAACCCUCGAGGAUGAUGCAAAAAUCCCUGGCUUACAGCGCUGCCGUGCUGCCACUGCCUGGGGCAGUUUUAAUUAUCUAACGGUCAUGUCCUUUUAUUUUCACGAGCGAUUUCAUAUACACGGCCCUCCUUCCUAUCCAAUACCUGGAGACUGGCAAAGCUCGAGUAGUUCGAUGUUGCCAAACAAUGAGCUUCCUCCCUAUAUGGGCAAGACAUUCCCCGCUUUAUGCCACUUCUUUAUCAUUGUUCAUGAUAUGGUGUCACUAUAUUAUAACCAUAAACCCUUUACCAAAAUUAUCACUCUCCACGACGCAUAUUCCAUCUAUCAACGGCUUUUAAACUGGGCCGACAACCUAUCUCCAGAACUGCUUCGAAGCGACAAAAAUCCGCAUCACGUCCUAAACCUUCAUAUCUGGUACCAUACCGCCAUCCUAGACACCUUUCGUCCAUUUGUUCAAUCACCCCAGCACUUAAACCUAGCAGGGUUUGAAUUCUCGCGCACACGACCGGGGGACAUCUUCAUUGCAUCAAUUCGACAGCUACAAAGGCUUGUUUACAUCUAUCGGUCCAACAGCAAGACUGCGACCACCGCGAUCAUCUGGCACCCGGCCAUGCUGUAUGUCGCGAACCACGUCCUGAAAGACACGUCCAACCCUGAAUCUCGUUUCUACUUCCUGCUCUGUAUCCGUGGCUACCAACGCCUAGCCCGGAGUUUCCGACUGGCUGGCAGCGUAGCGCAGAGCAUCGUUGGCAUGGCGCGGAGCAGUAACAUCAUCACCGCAGCAGAGGCACAACUGAUACGCACCGAACUCGAGGCCGAGAGCGACACGCAACCAUCUUCUUACGAGGUCCUGAGUCGCUUCAUUGUAGACCUCAAACUGUCCCUAGACGAUCCCGGCGCAGCGACCAUGCAGCAGCUCGUGCAGAACUUCAACAAGAUCAGCGUUACCUCGCCACCAGAGGAGUCGAUACCACCCACUACUACUUCUUCCAUGCCUUCCCCUGUUCCCUUCCAGGACGCUCUACCGCUCUCCGAAUCCCUUCCCACAUCCUUUCCUAGACCACUUCCCAUGCCUUCUCCGUUGGAGCCGACUCCUGAAGAUCCUAAACACGACUGA